AUGAAGCUCUCAUUCAGAGACCUCAAGCAACAGAAAUUCACAAUCGAUGCUGAACCUACUGACACGAUCGCUCAAGUGAAAGAGAAGAUUUCUGCCGAGAAAGGAUGGGAUGCUGCUCAACAGAAGCUUAUCUAUGCUGGCAAGGUCCUAGCUGACGCCAAUACUGUCGAAUCCUACAAGAUUGAGGAGAAAGGCUUCAUUGUCUGCAUGGUCAGCAAGCCUAAAGCCGCGUCUGCUCCCAAGUCGAGUAGCCCGUCUACACCUGCUGGCACCUCAACCGCUACCCCUUCCGCACCUGCACCUGCUGCACCACCGGCCAACGCACCACCGGCCCCAUCUGAACAGCCUUCCACACCCACACCAGCACAGUCUACUAGCACAGCCCCUUCAACCGCGGGAGGCGGUUUCAAUGACCCCUCUGCGUUCCUCCUCGGUAACCGCAAUGAGACCACUAUCCGAGAGAUGGAGUCUAUGGGAUUUGGCAGACCCGAGAUCGAGCGUGCUCUUCGCGCUGCUUUUUUCAACCCAGACCGAGCCAUUGAAUAUCUUCUAAGUGGGAUUCCAGACAACAUUCAGGAACAACAGCGACAAGGAACUCCUGCAGCUGGUGCUCAAGGUACUCCUGUAUCUCCACCUCCCGCUCCUGUUGAAGUGACCACCAAUCCGAGGGAUGAGCCCGUCAAUCUCUUUGAAGCUGCCGCACAAGCUGGUCAACAGGCUCGUGGAACUGGAGCAGGAAUUGGAGCGGGUCUUCCAGCAGGACUUGGAGCAGGACUUGGAGCAGGACUCGGGGCGAGAACUGGCGCCACUCCCGCUGUGGCAGGAGGUCAACAAGCAGUGAACCUGGAAUUCUUGCGAAACAGUCCCCACUUUCAACAACUUCGACAGCUUGUUCAGCAGUCGCCGGCAAUGCUUGAGCCAUUCUUGCAACAGGUCGCCGAAGGCAACCCGCAGCUUGCUCAGAUGAUCAGUCUGAACCCGGACCAGUUUCUCCAGCUUCUGGCAGAGGAUCAGGAAGGCGACGGCGGUCCUGUUCCACCAGGUGCCACCUCUAUCAGCGUCACUCCAGAGGAACGCGACGCCAUCGAACGCCUUUGUGGCCUCGGCUUCUCUCGUGAUCAGGUCAUCCAAGCUUACUUCGCUUGUGACAAGAACGAAGAGCUGGCAGCCAACUUCCUGUUUGAGCAGCCACCUGAUGACGAAGAGCAGUGA